AUGUGCAAAUUGGAAUUCACCCUUUUGGCUCCGCUUCUAUCUCGCGUACCCGAUAUAUUGUAUACGCAAAGUGGAUGUGCAAAGGCAUACUAUGGCAGACAUACUGGAGCUAUGGAGAAGGAAGAGGCUAUAUCCAAGGCUGUUCCAGCAUUUGACCCCUCCCCUCCAUCAUUCGAGACGAGGUCUUCAAACUCUACAGAUGGAGAGCGAUUGGCGCGUAUGGGCUACAAGCAGGAGCUAAAGCGCAAUUUGAGCAUAGCAUCCUUGUUGGGCUUCGGGUUUAGUGUGACCAAUAGCUGGUGGGGAGCAGGUGCCUCUUUGGCAGCGGGCAUUCUGAGCGGUGGGCCAGUUCUCAUGGUUUAUGGUCUUAUUUUUCUUGCUCUGGUAUCGGUUUGUAUUGGAGUAUCGUUAUCCGAAUUGGCCAGUGCGAUGCCUAAUUCUGGUGGUCAAUACUACUGGGCAGGUCAAAUAGCACCUAAAAGGCAUGCCCCAUUGCUUGCGUUCCUUACCGGCGCCCUGAAUUGGGCCGGUUCGGUUUUCGCCAGCUCAAGCGUAACGCUCGCCCUGGCCAGUUCAUUUGUGGGGUUGUAUGCGUUAGGUCACCCAGGGUUCAUAAUAUCACCGUGGAUGGUGUUUAUUGCCUAUCAGCUCAUCAACUUGUUCGGCCUGGUAUUCAACUGCAUCCAUCGAAUAUUGCCAACGUUAUCUACCGCUUCCCUAUACAUUUCUAUCAUCACAUGGCUUGUCACAACUAUCAUCGUUCCUGCGGUGAGCGACACGAAGCAGCCCGCUCGAUUCGUAUUCGCAACAUUUAUCAACCAAACCGGGUGGGAAAACAACAUUAUUGCUUUCAUCGUUGGACUGGUCUCACCCUCGUGGUCUUUCGCAGCUCUCGAUGUUGUCACCCAUAUGGCAGAAGAAAUCCAUGAGCCUGAGCGAAUGAUACCUAGGAGUAUCUUGGCCACUAUCGUCAUCGGUCUAGUAUCGUCGCUCACCUAUACCAUCGCUAUGGUGUUCAGCAUUUCAGACUUUGAAGCUGUGGCUGGGACUGGGACUGGCGUCCCGAUCCUUGAGCUGUACUAUCAGGCAACUGGGGGUCUCGCAGGCGCGGUUGGACUUCACGUGUUAUUUUUACUUACAGGGUUUGGGUGCUUGAUCGGCUGUCAUUCAUGGCAAGCUCGCCUCGCGUGGUCCUUUUCCCGUGACCAUGGUCUUCCCGGCUCUAGGUGGUGGUCUGUUGUCAAUGCUACUACAGGUGUGCCGCUCAAUGCCCAUCUCAUGAGCUGCGUAUGGGUUGGACUACUGGGGUGUCUUUUCAUAGCCUCUUCCACAGCCUUCAACAGUAUUAUCACAGGGUGCCUAGCUUUCCUCUACCUUUCGUAUUUUGUUCCGGUCGCUUGCCUCGUCAUCCGUGGUCGAUCCAGAUUCCAUCACGGACCUUUCUGGCUUGGCUCAUUCGGCCUCGUGUGCAACGUCGUAUUGUUGGGUUGGACACUCUUCACCCUUGUGUUCUUUAGUUUUCCGUUUGUCGUACCGAUCGUACCAGGAAAUAUGAACUAUGCGAGCGUGGUCAUUGUGGGGUAUAUUGUAUAUUUGUGCGUAUACUGGUCCAUUCGAGGGCGCCAUGUAUUCCGUGUGCCGGAAGUGGAUGGGGAGCCAGUGAUUCGUGAAAAGGGUAGUGUUUGA